AUGGGAAUCCGAAAUCCAAGCAUGAGUCCUGGGUCCGAGCUGACCGGGAAGUUCGGUCUUUUAUUCAUCUAUAUUUUCGUUGUCAUCGGAGAAUUUGGAGAACGAAGCGAAGGAAAACUGCAGGAUGUUGGCGGAGAAUCCAAAAUUGCGAGCGUCACAUAUCCGGGUCUUUUGAAAAUUCGACACCGACGAUUUACGGAGGAAGAAAAUGAGAGUCUCGAUCUCGAAACAGCUGCGAGUGAGCAUGGUCAUCAUUCGGAAUCCGGGGGAGGUCACAAACAUCAUUCCGAUCACCACGAAGAUCAUGGUGAAAAGGGUGAGAAAGGCUACAAAAAACACCACCAUCACGAUAAGGGCGAUCAUGGCAAGCACGAGGAGGACCAUCACAGUGGACAUCACGAGGAACACGGCGGACAUAAAAAGAAACAUCAUGACGAGGAAGGACAUCACGGUGAACAUCACGAAGAAAAGAAGAGCCAUAAAGGUGGCAAGUUCGGUGAAAAAAAGGGUCACAAGAAAGGCCAAAAAACUACUGGUUAUCAUCACAAAGCUCAUAAAGACGAUUACCACAAGGAACACAAGUUUUACGAUGACUACCACAAGGGUGGACAUCACGACAAGCAUGGACAUCAUCACGGUCAUCACGGCGAGAAACAUGGCCACCAUAAGAAGGGCGAUAGUCAUCAUUCCGGUUACAAAGACGAUCAUCAUGGCAAAAAAGGACACGAUAAAAAAGGACACCACGAUGAGGACCACAAGGGACAUCAUGGAAAACACGGCCAUGAAAAGCAUCAUUCACAUCACGACGAUUACAAAAAGAAAGGCGAACAUCAUGACGGCAAAAAAUGGGGAUUUAGUCAUGGGAAACAUUAA